UGCGCAUCUCGAGGGCAGUUGUUUGGGAGUUUCUGAUCCUGCUGGAGUUUUCUGGGGACAUGAGUGAAGAUGGAUGAGGAUGGGUUUGAGGUCCCAGAGAGGGCCGAGUACCGCUACCUGGUGCACGAGGAGGACGAGGAGGAGGUGCAGUACGUCCGUCACAGGCACUACAUCAGCCCCUUCCUGGUGCUGUCCAGGCGCUGCAUCUUCCUCAUCUGCCUCGGCGUGUUGUCUUUGCUCGCUCUCGCCACCUACCUGGGCUACAUGGCCCAGACUCUGCCGCCGGGACUGGCCCAGGUGUUGACAGACUGCGGAGAGUUCAGAGGAAGACACAAAAAUGGAGCGUUCUCCUUCAAGGGUAUUCCCUACGCUGCCCCACCUGUCGGCAGCCUCCGCUGGGCUGCUCCGGCUGACCCGGUGUGCAGGAGCGGGGUGGUGGAAGCCAGCCGCUUCCGCAGCGUGUGCCCUCAGGUGCGGCCCAUGUCCAGCAGGGGGAGGGUGAUGGGCCAGGAGGACUGUCUCUUCGUCAACGUGUGGACGCCCAGUCUGCAGCGGGACGCCCAGCUUCCCGUCAUGGUCUGGAUCCACGGCGGAUACCUGCACAUGCUCAGCGGAGGAGAGCCCGGGUACUCGCCCACGGAGAAGCUCGCCGCCGACACGGGAAUAGUGUACGUCAGCUUCAACUACAGACUCAACGCUUUCGGCUUCCUGGCUCUGGAGAUGCUGAGGGAAGGCUCUCCGAGGAACACGUCAGGGAAUUAUGGUUUCCUGGACCAGAUUGCAGCUCUGAAGUGGGUCCAGAGGAACAUUCAUGUGUUCGGAGGAGACCCUGGGAAGGUCACCAUAUUUGGACAAAGCUCAGGAGGGACCUCCGUAUGGACCCUGAUGAUGUCCCCGCUGGCCAAAGGGCUCUUCCACGCCGCAGUGGACAUGAGCGGCUCGUACGUCUACAAUGCUACGCUGAAACAAGCCGAGGCCGACAACCUGGUGUUUCUGACUGAAACGGGCUGCACGGACCCGGCCUGCCUCCGAGGCCUCUCCGUGAAGCAGAUCCUGCAGGCCGUCCCCUGGCAGAAGUAUCCGUCCUGGGCAGCAGAAGAGUUCACAGACCUCCCUACUCCAGGUCAUUUCAUCGGUCCAGUCGCCGUCGUGGACGGGUAUGUCCUGGAGGCGCCGCCGUUCGAGCUGUGGCAGAAGAAGGGAGUUUACAACGAUGUCCCUUUCCUCGUUGGUACGACGGAGCAGGAGGCCGACUUCAGUCCUCCGUCUGUGAACAUCUCCAUGUGGACCUGGGGGGACUAUCGGUGGUUUGUGACAGAAAAACUUAAGUCCUUCAGUCCGGAUCUGCCUAAAGAAGCUCUGGACCUGUAUCCGCCCUCGGCCGUCUGUCCCACCACAGACCGCUGUCCAGAGAGGGCCUACACCACCAUGGUGUCCGACAUCAGAGUCACCUGUCCCAACAACGACCUGGCCCGGAGGGCUGCAGCGGCCCUCCGGAGUCCGGUGUACCGCUACGUGGUGACCCACACACCGGCCGGACCGGUCAACGUCUCCGGUGACCUGCUCACUUUCCCCAGCCGCUUCUCCUUCCACUGUCUGGAUGCUGUGGCUUUCUUAGGAGGACUGGAGUUGUUCCUGGGAAAACCUCUCUCUGACAGAGACAGGAGCUUCCAGGAUCUCAUCACAAAGCACCUCGUCAGCUUUGCCAAAACAGGUAAGAUGGAGGCGCAGUGGCCUGCUUACCCAGAAGCCACUGCUCUGCUGUCCCACAACCUGACGGUGGUCCACAACUACUCGUCCACUCGCUGUGACCUGUGGAAGAAGAACGGCCUGUUCGCCUAUGCCUGGAUGAACUGAGCAGACGCAGCUUCCCGGUUUCUAACCACAUUCUGUUGAAGCUAACUUCAGAAUCACCAUUUGAAUUUGCUCUAAAAUCUUAUAAUUGUGUUUUUAAAAAAGAAAGCAGAUGAUUUUAUGUGACGUUCAGGAUCUCGCCGUCUGGCUGCGUUAAAAAUGUCUUUGUGGACUGAAGAGAGGCUUGAAAAAAAAUCAUCCAGCUUCUGCGUGGGGGCGUACCCAUCAGAAGUUGAUGUUCAUCUGUUUUUGUAAUUGUGUUGUGAUGUGGGUGAAUUAAGCUUUUAUCAGACUGUAAGUCUGUCUGGAGAACUGAAGAAGUUUAAAGGAAACUAAUAGACCAAAGUGAAGGUGAAGUGCACAGUGGACCUGAGCCAGGGUUGUUAACAUGAAGAAACAGUGACCACUUUAUGACGAGGAAAAACAUGUGGCCGUGAUUACCAGGCCAUGUGGAUGUUUCUGCUUCUCUUAAUUCUAAAGGGACCAAAUGUCAUUAACGAGUAAUUCCUUCUUUUUUCAAAGCUGAUAGUUUCUAAAGGUCUGAAUUAAAUAUCUGUGAAGUUGUUUGUUGAAAACACUGCUGCGAUGCAGCACAAAACGGGUGAAAUGAUCUAAUUAAAUCUAAAUAUACAUGUCUUCCCCUUGUUUCAGAUGUGCAGCAGUUACAACUCUUGAGUUUCUUUGCCUCUUUAAAUUUGUCAGAUUAGAUUUCCAGUCGCCCCGGACACAGAACUGCUGCAUUUUCCUCUAGCUGGUUCUGGUAGUUUCCAGAAACUUUAAAUACUACAAAUCUUUAACCAGAUUGAGAUGUGGCCUUUGACUAGAUAAUUCUAUGACGUAAAACUACGGGACUGUUGUUUUUGUGGAGACUCUGGAUGUGAGACACGUUUGAUUAGAUUUAACACCAACCAGUGUUGGUUCUGUUCUCACUGAUGCCGCCGCUGCCGUGCUUCACUGUGGUUUCAUGUUCUCAAGAGUGAAUAAACAUCUUGGAUGUUGUUACCAACACAGACCAGAAAUGUAACGUUCGUCUCACAUGAGGAUAUGAUUAGAAGAUGUACUUCAGUUUUGAUUCAGAACUUCAGAAACGGCUGAACUGUCUCCGGGAGUGAAUUUCAGAGGGAUUUUUAUUUGUUUUUGGAAAACGUGGUGUGUGGGAAUGAGAGAAUGAGAGAUUGAGUUUAAAACUUGUAUCUUCAAAGGAUGUUGUUGAGUUUUGUUAAAUCCUGCCGUUUGCACUGAUGACUAACAUUUUAAUGUUUUUUCUAACGUUUUAGGUCUGUUCCUUUGCACCUUCCUGUCAGCAUUUUCUAUCAUUUCUUUAUCUGAAGUCUUAAUUAGUCGAACAAAGUUCAAUCGUCUAUCAAGUUGCUGUUUUUUUAUUUUGCAAAUAAUUCCUCAGGCAUCAUGCUUUCCUGUGUAUUAUUGAUGUUCAAUUUUACUUUAUUUUAAGCCAGAUACAUUGACAUCGUGUGAAUAAUUGUAUUUUUUCUUCUAUCAAGGUUUGUGAACAUGAAUUAUCUGGACAUUUGAGCUGAAGACAUUUAUUUCUCUUAAUUUCCAUCCAACAUGAUCAGAACUUUUACAGAAAUGUUGCCAAACAAUAAAUGAAUAAUGCAGAUUAAAACACUAUUUUUGUAUGAAUAUUUGCACAGAGCAAGAAAACAGAAGUAUUGAAGUGAAGUCUGAAAUUGAAGUGAAAACAUUACAGUAAAUAAAUUGCAUAAAAACUAUGU